UGCCAGUCAAGACCACUCAGAACCUGUCGUCCAAAAAACCGAGUCCUGUAAAACCAUGAUGCUGCUCUCUCACCUCUCGCAAUCUACUCUAACUACUCUUCUGCUAUCCCUAAUCAUCCUUACCACGACCUCCUCAGACUCUAGUUCCGAUGAUCAGAGAAAAGCUUUGGGAGAAGACAGUGAGCAGCUUGUGUUGGAAAGAUGCUGUGGCCAGACUCAACACAACAUGUAAGAAGAUUACUGAUGUGGAACAAAGUCGAUUAGCCGUGGAAGAAUCUCUUGACUUCCACUGUGAAAUGGAAGUCAAACAAAACCAGGCCUUGGACAACCAGGCAGCCAUUAUAGACCAAGACAGACGAAUAGCUUCCUCACUUGAUGACACCAGGAGGAGUAUGGAUCGUCAUUUCGAUGAUGUUAAUGAAAUGGCAAAGAAACAAAAGCUGCUAUUGGCAGAAAUGUUUGGCACACUACAAGAGAGUGUCCGUUAUCUAAUGUCUCUCUUCCUGAUUGAAUUUGUGGGCUAUGAAACUUUUGCAGUUUUCGUUGCAUCUUUGCUGGUGAUUCUGUUUCUACCUCGGUUUGGUUACAGUCGGUUCAAGCUCUACCUGCUGCUGUUUGGAGAGCUGGUUGUCGAGGUGAUCGUGAGAAGGUUGUUUGGUUACCUUGUUCUGGGGGGAGGGGCUGGGAGCAGACCACCACCUGAGGCUAUGGAGACCCUCCACAGCUACCUGUGGUAUUGUCGCUACAUUGCAUUUAUUGCUGGGAUCAUUCUCUAUAUGUGGGAGUGGCUAUCUUAUAGAGACCACACCCUCCUACUGACGGAGCUCCAUCAGAACACUGACCUCAUUAUGGCACGACUCGGAAUCAAAUCUCCGUUAAAUCAGAAGAGAGCUAGCGGUUCGGUUGCUAUGCAUGGGAUCCAGCCGGACAUGCAGGGGGGACCACCCCCUCCCAAUAGACACAGCUGGCCUAUCAGUGCCCGUGGAGGCAGCAAAAAGAAAGAGAUACCUGCUGAUGUCCAGCCCUUUGGGUUAACGAGCAGGGACGUCCCCACUGAUGCUACUGAUGGGUGUAUAUACACCCAGCGUGACCGUUGAUGGGUGUGGUUUCAGCAAGAGGAGAGCGGAUCAGCAAGUAUACGCACCAACUCCAAUAGCAAGGGGAGGGGGAUCAACCGCCAGCCCAUAUCUCUUUGAACCAAUACCAGGUUUGCCCCCUCCGAUUGGUCAUCCCUGUUCCCCGUACACCAGCGACCGGAUAUCGCAAUACAUUGCAGGUCUCCCCGCAGAAUUUGAACCCCCUGGUGAGCAGUCCUUUGCCUCGACUGCCGCCAACCCGGCCGACUCUGACAACGACCACACCUUGCCCGUCUUCGAGAGUGAGUCACCAUACACCAGGUCACCCCUCAAGAGAUCACCAGAAUCUGCAAAAUUGAGACUCUGAGUCGAGUAAUGCAGUGGAUGUGCCAUGCAGCCUGAGAAGGGGAACUAACUAUUAAAUCUUGAUUUAUAAAUACAGUCAUCAGUGCACUGCUCCUGGAAGAUCAACCAUACAAGAGACUCUCUCAUCAAAGCAUGUCCAAUGUCAUCAUAACUGCGGUCAGAGGAAUACUCUUUGUUGUCAUGGUGAUAAUGAUCGCACUGCUCAUAACAGUUUGGAGGAAAAGGUGCACAACAUGAAGGGGAAUAAAAUUGAUGACUAGAUGCCUAUCAAUGCUUAUUGACCAUGUCCAAUUGAUUUAAGACAAUUAACUUCCACCCAUUAAUUUGAUUAAGGGCCUCCCAAAUGGUCGUAGAGCUGGCUUGUUCGUACAUGUUGAGGGAGGGCAUCUUCUUACCUUUCUACCAUAACUCUUCUCUUACCAAACAACUCGAAUGAUACGUAACACCUAUCAAAGUAAAUCAAUGAUUAACAGAUUAUCGUGUGACAGUUUGCAAUGCCUACAAGCUACAUGUAUACGUAUGACUGACGUUAGGAUUGAACCUGCCCCAUGGAGUAGCUGUUGUGUAUCUAUAAUUUAAUGCAGUCAUUUGUUGCAAAGUCAUGUUCUCGUCUGUUAGUAGUGGAUGUUUGUUUUACUUGUCUGCCAAUGUUCUAACAAAUGGCUAACCUGUGUAUGUGCUAACAGAAUAUACGUGCCUUAGUUUUAUCAAGUGCGUGCCAUGUUUGUUGCAUUGGUACUUUGUCAA